AUGCCUCCCACAACUCGCCAGCAGGCUCAGGCUGAUGGGCCCGAGCCUUCGCCCACACCCGCACUCACACCCGCACCCGCACUUAUUCAGAAAAACUCGGGACGUGGCAAGCACACUGUGCAAGCCAUGGCACCUCCAGUAUUGCCGGGUUUGGGACAACUCGCGCCUUCCAAGCACGCCACACCCACAGCUGUGAAUGUCACUUCCGCACAGUCACUCAAUGGUUUGCCUGCUUCCGCUGUCACUCCCAUGUCUGCACUCGCUCCGCCCAAGUCCAAGAAGAAGAAAAAUCAUGGGUCCAAAUGUUCUGCGCUGGCCAAUGUCCCACCAAAAAUCACAGGCAAAGAGGAACCUUGCUAG